UUUGGGAAGCUUAACCAGUUUAGGACUUUAGUCUUCAUGGUCUUUUUUACUAUUUACAUUGCAACAUUGUUUGGAAACCUCCUCAUCAUCGUCUUAGUAUCGGCAAGUCAUCACCUCCAUACUCCAAUGUACAUCUUUCUCAUUCAUCUUUCUAUAUGUGACAUUGUGUUUACCACAAACAUCGCUCCUGAAAUGCUAUGUCAUAUACUGAAUGAAGUUGGUAAGGUGUCUAUGGCCGGCUGCAUAUCACAAUUCUAUCUGUAUGGGUCUUCUACAGUUGCAGAGAGCUUCAUUCUGACUGCCAUGUCCUAUGAUCGUUAUCUAGCCAUCUGUAAUCCUUUACAUUAUACUUCAACUAUGGGACAUGGGGUUUGCUUGAAGUUUGUAGGUGCCUCUUGGUUGGUAGGACUCUUAGUUACUCUCAAUACUUCUCUAAUGCUGUUUACUAGUGAUUUUUGUGGGCCAAACAUCAUUGACCACUUCAUUUGUGAACUGGAUCCUCUUUUAAAACUGUCAUGUUCCAAUACUUCCAUGUUGGAAAUCUUAAUCUUCAUAAUGUCCAUCCCUAUAAUAGUUAUUCCAUUUGUGUUCAUUAUAGUGACUUAUGUUUGGAUCUUUUUAACUGUUCUGAAGAUUCCAUCUAGUACUGGGAGGCGAAAGACCUUCUCUACCUGCAGCUCACAUCUGACAUCAGUGAGCAUCUACUAUGGAACCCUGACUGCAAUCUAUGUUGUUCCAAAUAGAGGCCAUGCACUCUCAAAGGCUUUGUAUGUCUUGUAUUCAGUGGUGACUCCAUUAUUCAAUCCAGUUAUCUAUAGUCUGAGAAAUCAGGAUAUGAGAAAGGCAUUUGAGAUGCUGUUAAAGAAGAGAAAAUAA